AUUCUGAUAACAAUUUGUACCACUUUUUUUUUUAUUUCAAAACAGGAAGGGUAUGGAGUCAUAGUCCUGAAUCCAAAUGAAAACUAUAUUGAAGUGGAAAAGCCAAAAAUGCACAAGCAGUGGUCUUCUGAUGGCACGGAUGAGCCAGCAGAGAAGCGGGAAAGGAGAGAUAAAGUCUCAAAAGAAACAAAGAAGCGCCGUGAUUUCUAUGAGAAGUACCGUAACCCCCAAAAGGAGAAAGAAAUGAUGCAGCUGUUUAUCAGGGAAAAUGGUUCUCCUGAAGAACAUGCAAUCUAUGUUUGGGAUCAUUUCAUAGCCCAAUCUGCUGCUGAGAAUGUGUUUUUUGUUGCUCACAGCUAUGGAGGACUUGCUUUUGUUGAACUGAUGAUUCAACGAGAAGCAGAUGUAAAAAGUAAGGUGACUGCUGUGGCAUUGACAGACUCUGUUCACAAUGUGUGGCAUCAAGAAGCUGGCAAAACCAUCCGAGAAUGGAUGAGAGAGAACUGCUGCAACUGGGUCUCCAGCUCGGAGCCACUGGACACGUCGGUGGAGUCCAUGCUGCCUGACUGUCCCCGCGUCUCUGCAGGCACCGACCGCCACGAGCUCACUUCCUGGAAGAGCUUCCCGUCCAUCUUCAAGUUCUUCGCGGAAGCGUCGGAGGCCAAGAGCAGCUCGCAGAAGCCCGCCCUGACGCGGCGCUCGCACCGGAUCAAGCACGAGGAGCUGUGAGCUCGCCGCCGCCCGAGCGCCCGCAGCCGCCCGGCCCCCAUUAGAUUGCUUUCUUCCUCCAGCACAGGGUCUCGAUACGUUCCUCUAAAUAGCGUUUUGCAUUAUUUCUAGAUGAGUGCAACUGUCAAAGCAAUAUGGACUCGCGGCCGCGUCUCCUGCGGGCUGAGCCGGGCUUCGCGCAGGGGUCUGCAGGGGUCUGCAGGGGUCUGCAGGCGGCCGAGCGCGGCUGGGAGCGCCCAGCCCGGCUUCGAACCGCCCCGGGGAGCCGCCGGCGCUGCAGCCCAGCGGCGUCUGCUCGGUCCUACCGCCCGCUGCAGGGCGGCCGCUACUGCCCAGCCUCAACCGGGCCCGUUUUUACUCCCCCUUAAACCUAGCAAGCUUUUAUUCUAGACUUCAAACUUUCUUUUUAACCAGGUUUUUCCCUCGGGUCAUCUGAUGAGCUCCUCUCUUUUAUAGAAGGCCACACACCGGGGUCCUAGAAAUGCCAACUUUAAAUUGAGAACAUGAAUGCCAUGAUGAAUUUGGGGGGUACAAAUUGUUCUCUCCUGUAAUGACCGAUUUCCAUUUCAAGACUGAAAGAAAAACUUUGAAUAAAAAUUCAUAAAGUACUGAAUCCGAGUCCUUUUCUCCGGACAUUCCUGCUUAGUUGAACCAGAGUCUUUAUGUCUCUGACUUGAGGAGAGAGCAUUCGAAUGAAAACGUAAGCAGGUAUUUUAGAUGCAGGUAUAAGGCCCCAUUUCAGUGACAUUUCUAACUUAUGAAAACUGGCCCUACUGUUAAAUAUGUAACAUGGUGAGAGGCAUUUAGGUGACACACUCAAGGCUUGCUCUCCGUACUCCCAUGUAUUGGUGGUAGUUACUAAUCCGUGCUGAGUGUGCUCGGACCUUUCUUGUAGUAAACCCUUGCGGUUACACCAUUCAUUUUUUACUGUCAUCAAGAAAAUGAAACUGCAUACCCUUGUCCUUCUGAAAAGCUAUGUAAAGUUAAAAUGUUUCAGUUUUCAUCUACAAUAGGAAAAGAGAACGAUUUUCUCUUUUAGGUCCAAAAUUUUUAGUGUUCCACUUCUUCUGCUAGGGUUUUGCCAUAUAAUUCCAAGUUAGGUCCUUUAACCCAACUGGGAUCUGGCCAGCACGGUGAAAUACAGAAGAUAAAAUAGGUUGACAUUUUACUGGCUUUUAAAUUAAAACAUUAAACAUUAAUUACUUGAAGAAUUUAAUUAGUGAAGAUUAUAUCCAGUGGGUGAGAUUGUGAAUUUAAUACUUCCAAUCCUUUCUUAAGUAAAUUCAACAAGUAAUGUGCCUGCCUCAUUUGAGAACAUGGAAAAGUCUAUCCAAAAUGAAACCGAGGCACUGUCUAAUGCCUCAGAAGAAAACCUGGACUCAGCAAGCUUAUGGAGAAUUUUUUUAAUAUUAUGAACUGAUUUCAGCAAGUUUUAAGACUGGUAAUAUCUCCUGUUCCUUAGCAUCUACAAGCGUUCAAUAGUUCUGUGUUUUGAGUGCCGGUGAAGUCAAGUGGCCAUGGUCAUGUCUGGUCAUCUUCUGAUAUUACUUAAGCAGAAACAAGGGGAAAAUCAAAAUGGCAUUUUACCCCCAGCUCCUGGGCGGUUUAAAAUGUGUUACUCCAACAAUGUCAAGCACAUUGCUCUGUCAUAGUGGCCCUUGACAUUUCUAAUUUUAGAAGGAUUGGUGAGCUCAAAAAAAAAAAAAAAAAAAAUGAUAGCUUCCCAAUGGCUGGGUUUGGAAAA